AUGAUUCGGCUCCGUGCAGACUGCGGGGAGCGGCUGCUGACCAAAGCAAAGCUGGCGAUCACAGACGCGGAGUGCAGAGUGGCGGAGGCCAAGGCCGCGGCGGACGCCUGCAAGCGUAUGGCCAGGCCGCGGCCCCGAGGGGACUGGCGCGCCUUGCUGCAGAGCUUCGCUGGAGAGCUGCUGGCGCACCUUGGACAUCGGAAGCCCCAGGAUGGCGGGGUGGAGUUGGAUGGGCGCUUCGGGCAAUGGCUGGGAGUGGGGACCUCAGCGACAUGA